UCGAAAGUGCUGCUCAGCUGAUAGCCUUUGCUGUGAACGACACGAUGCCACGAGCGUUUAUCCGAAGCGUGUCUCCGUCAAUGCUGGUGUGCCAUGGCCGCAAAUCGGGCUCACCCAGUGUGCAACUGAGGGAUAGCGGUCAGCAGACGGAGCGACCCGGAGACCUGAGCGCGGCGACGGGCGGCGCUCUGUCUCCCACCCAGCCGGGGGCCACCGUGCCCAUCCGCCGGGCUCUCUCGCUGGACGCUAUCUACCUGCUGGGACAGUGGCCCCGCGAGCGGCUGACGGCACCCAGCGCCGGAGCAGCCGGGGCAGGGGCAGACAAGGCGACGCAGACCCCGGACGAGUGGGUGCCUCUGCGGUCUCACACCAGUCCCCUGGCCUGGGGCUCCGGUCUGGUGUCACCGGUCGGCUCCGGACCCGGCACCGCCGACUGCCUCGAGAAGAAACUCAUCCGACAGAGACUGCAGAGGAACACCAAGGAGCUCUCGUCUGCCCGCGGCUGGGGUCCGGGCGCGGUGCGGCAGUCACCGGUGCCGGCCGACCACUCGCUACUGGUACCGACCGGUGCGGCGCGUCCCAUCACCAUCCCGACGUCUGCGGCGGGCCGGCCGCCCACUACACCGCCCCGGUCGCGCAGCUCCGUGGAGGGACUGAACCAGGAGAUUGAGAGACUGGUGCAGCAGCGCGUGCUCGCCUUCAGUCAGUGUCCGGUGGACGGCCACCUGGCGCCGGUGGACGAACUUCUGCUCCGCUCGCGCCGCUCCGUCAACACCCAGACCCCGCUCGACGAUCAGCUACUCUCGCCGACAUUCUCCGGAGAUAUGGAGGCGCUCGGACUGGCAGACGACAUCAGCAAGAGCUCCACGCCGGACCUGGAGCUCAGUCGGCUGGGCUCGUCGCCGCAGAUUAACCGGUUCCUGGCGCGUGCGCCGCCAGAUGGCUGUGAGCGCGUCUGCCUGAAGACGGUGGAGACGGUCAGGAAGAGCACUCCACCGGACCCGAUCAUCAAACCAGCCGUGUUCGAGUUGAAGCCCAGUCUCGGGUCCGCCUUCACGCGGCCCGCCUUCCGUAAGCGGGCUGACGAUGCCUCAGGAAGUGUGCCAACGCCGACUAAGCCCGCCCUGCUCAAGGCUCCGCCCGUGCCGCUGUGAGGUCCGACGCAAGGUGAUGUCACAAGCGGCUGAUCUCAGCACAGACGAGUGUAGUAUAGACGGCGCUAGGAGCGGUGUAUAGAUAUCGCAG